AUGAAGAAUAUUCGCACUUGCUGUUGGUUGCUUCUGGUGGAAAUCUGCGCCUAUACAAAAACAAUCGAAGGAUUUCCCUGCUAUUUUGCCAAAGACGAGUGCCCAAACGAUGACGUUCAAUUUUGGUACUAUAAGAAAGAUUUUCCCAACAGCCCCUACCUUUUGGAUCCUCUCAAUAUUUCCCAAGAACUUUUUGAGCCUCAACGACCCAUUGAGAUUUUAAUACAUGGCCUUUCGUUGAAUAAAGAUAAGACACCCAACAUGGAGAUGCGCCCCUUGCUGUUGGAACACAUUGAUGUCGAUGUCAUAAGCGUCGAUUAUGAGCCCAUGGCUGCGCUACCCUGCUACUACCCAUGGGCUGUGCAAAAUGCCAGAGUAGUUGGCAAGUGCUUGGCUCAACUUUUAAAUGUUUUCCACGAUCAGGGUAUAUAUACACCGCAAAUGAUACACAUAAUUGGUUUUAGUUUGGGGGCUCAAAUUGCUGGUUUAGCAGCUAAUGAUUUAAAUUUUAAAGUAAACAGAAUAACAGGCCUUGAUCCUGCUGGCUGGUUUUUUUCCACUUCAAAUGUUCGAAAUAAAUUGGAUGCUUCUGAUGCUAGUUUUGUGGAUAUCAUACACACAGAUGUUUAUCUAUUCUCCGACAUCAAUCCCAUGGGUCAUGCAGAUUUCUAUCCCAAUUUAGGUCCCAUACGUCAACCUGGAUGCAGUUUUGAGGAGGAAUCAAGAAAUUGCAAUCAUUUUCGUUCUGCUGUCUACUAUGCCGAAUCGAUUGUAACCCAAAGCUAUGAUAAUGAUCAUCAAUUGAUGGGUUAUUUUGUAAGCAAUCGGUAA